AAAAGAUUGUACUCUAAUGGAAAUUAAGUAAUGGAAUAUUCAGAUGUUUCAACAACUGUCUUUACACCUUUAGAAUAUGGAUGUGUUGGAUAUUCUGAAGAAGCGGCUGUUAAGAAAUUUGGAAGAGAAAAUCUUAAGAUUUUUGCAUCUGAAUUUACUCCUUUAUUUUGGAACUUUGCUAAUAGAAAGGGAACAUGUUAUGCUAAAUUAAUUGUAAAAAAAGAAGAUGAUGUUGUGAUUGGAUUCCAUUAUUUAGGACCUGAUGCUGCAGAAGUUACAUAAGGAUUUGGUGUUGUUAUCAAAUUAAAAGCAAAGAAAAGUGAUCUUGAUAAUGUUGUAGGAAUACAUCCAUCUGUUGCUGAAGAAAUAGUCUAGAUGUCAACCUGGAAAUGA